CUAAUUCUGAACCUGCUUUCUGUUUCACAAACCCAUCAUUACAAUUUACAAACUUCCAUUUUACUGUUUUCCAUUUCUCACCGCCAAUUGUCAUUUUACAAAAACCAUCAUAUUUAAUGUUUUCAUAAACAAACAAAAACUCCUCCAUUUACUAUACUCUCUUUCUCCCUUAUUCCUCUCUAACAAACUAUACUAUUAUCCCUUCUUCUUCUUCAUCAAUGGCGCCUCCUUCUUCUUCCUCUAUCAGUCCUUCUCUCCCUUCUCGAUCCCACCUCUUCACUCCUAUUCAGGAAGGGAAUGAAAGUGAAGAAACCGAAGAACGACACCGUUUUGAAUCGGCAACAACACCAAGUACUGUAGCAAGUUCUUCUGCUUGUACUGAUACCAUCUUCCAUUACCAUCACUAUCCUACUCCACUUCAUGAACCGGGUAAAACACCGGCGGCUAAAUCCCGUAAACCCCCUGAAUAUUAUUCCGAUCGAACCGUCUCUUGCAACAACUGUCGUCCUACAACUCGUGAAAAAACCUCCGUCAUGGUGGUCCCCGUUGAUAACCAUGUCCGAAAACUUUCUCUCUCCUCCAUGUCACCCAGUCCUAAUGGUAUUUUCAAAUCCCUCAUCGCCGGACUUUCUCUCCGGAGUCCUAAACCUUCACGUUCUCCGGCGGCAGAAUGUUCUUCAGUCCAAGAAAGGGAAGAACACUGGAGAAUUGCAGUUUCGGAACUUUCUCAUAAACUUGUUCAGGCUACUAGAAGAAGAGAUGAAGCUAUUUUAGAAGCUUCUAAACUCAAAUACUCCAUGUCUGAACUUGAAAAGAAGCUUAACCGUCUUGAAAUCUAUUGUCAUAAUCUCAAAUCUGGGCUUGAUAUAUGUAACCAGACCCAAUUACAAAGUCCGGUGAACAACAAAUUCUCUAGCCCGGGAAGAGCUUGGAGUAUCUCAAAUCAUCAAAACCAUAACAACCAUGACAUCAUCAUUCAAAGUUUUCUGGUUUCAGUUUCUGAAGCUCGAUCCUCGAUCAGAUUUUUGAGCAAAUUUCUUUGUUCUCAGUUGAAAUUAAUGGGGAUUAAAGUGUUUGAUAGAUUAUCAACCGUUUUGAAAUCAUAUGAUUUUAAACCAUCAUCUUCUUCAAACAAUCAAUACAAGAGUUUACAGAUUUACUUAGAAGCGUUAUUGAAUUCUGCUUUUUACGAGGAUUUUGAAUGUUCUGGGUUUAUGAAAAACUCCAUGGAUCAGAUUUUAAACCCAAUUGAUCGAUGCGAAGCGAAUUAUACAGCCUAUAAUGCGUUGAAAGAUUUGGCAUGGGAGGAGGUAUUGAAUAAAGGAACGAAGCAUUUCAGUGAAGAAUUCAGUAGAUUUUGCGAUCGAAAGAUGAGUGAAAUUGUGGGUAUGUUGGGAUGGAACAGGGCAUGGCCGGAACAACUGCUACAAGCUUUUUUCGGGGCUUCGAAAGGUGUUUGGUUGGUUCAUCUUUUGUCAAAUUCCGUUCAUCCGAGGUUGACGAUAUACCGGGUCGAAAAAGGGGCCCAAUUUGACCCGGUGUAUAUGGAGGAUAUGGGUGGAGAUAAGGCGAAGAAAUUGAUACCAACAAUGGUGAAGAUAAUGGUGGCACCAGGGUUCUUUGUUUAUGAUAAUGUGGUGAAGAGCAAGGUGAUUAGCAGGUAUUAUAAUAGUAAUUAGUGUUUUUAAUGGUAAUGGUAUGUGAUUAUAAUAUGAUUGGGUUGUCAUCACUAUUUAUUAUCAUGUAUGGUAAAAUUAAAUAUUCCAAAAAUAUACUAAUAAAAAGUUUGGUUUUGUUGGUAUGUUGAUAUUAGAGUAUAUUUUAACUUAAUAAUAUUUAUGGGCUAUUCACUGAUUUUUUGU